AUGGCACCUAUCGGUAAGAUCUACUCUCGUUCCAUCAACCCCAAGGCCACCCGUGUACUCGCUGCUGCGAAGUACAACGGUCUGGAGGUCGAGCUGAUCGAGACUGUGCCCGGAGAGGACACUCAGAAGCCCGAGUUCAAGGCAAAGUUCCCUUACGGCAAGAUCCCCGCUUUCCUGGGCGAGGAUGGCUACAAGCUGACCGAAGGUCGUGCCAUCGCACGCUACGUCGCUGGCUUGUCGAGCAACGCCAAUCUGCUGGGCUCAGAUCCCAAGUCUUCCGCCGAGGUUGAGCAGUGGAUCUCCUACGCAGACGACGAGAUUUGGAACAAGACGCUACUGCUCGCACAAAUCACCUCUGGCCGCGCUCCCUACAGCAAGCCCCUCGAGACCAAGCUGUGGGACGACCUCAAGCGCGCCCUGCUCCACCUAGACAUCCACAUCAAGAAGCACACAUACCUCGUCGGACACCGUGUCACCCUGGCUGACUUGACCAUCGUUGCCAACUUGCGCUUCCUGUUCACCAUCGUUGCUGGCCCCGACUUCCGCAACCAGUACCCCAACGUCAUCCGAUACUUCCAAACUGUGAUCAACCAGGACAAGAUUGCAGACGUGUACGCCGCACCAGACUCUGCUCUCGCAAAGGAGGAUGUGAAAUUCGUCCCUCCCAAGAAGGAGGCUGCCAAGCCUGUCGCUGCCGCUGCUGCCGCUGCCAAGCCUGCGGAGCCCAAGGCAGCCAAGAAGGCAGCCAAGAAGGACGAUGACGAUGACGAUGAGCCUGCUGCGCCCGCUGAGCCAAAGGCUGCUCACCCUUGCGCCAGCUUGCCACCUUCCAAGUUCAUCCUGGACGAGUGCAAGCGUCAAUAUUCGAACCUCGACACCAAGCCCGAUUUCUUGAACUGGUUCUACGCCAACUACGAUGCGGAGGGCUACUCUUUGUGGCGUGUCGACUUCAAGUACAACGACGAGUUGACUCAGGUGUUCAUGUCUGCUAACCAGAUUGGUGGCUUCUUCACUCGUCUGGAGGCAUCGCGCAAGUACGUGAUGGGUAGCGCUGCGGUGUACGGAGAGUCCAACAACAGCGCCAUUGCUGGUGUCUUUGUCGUCCGAGGCAAGAACGUGGACGACGUUCUCGGCGUUGCGCCAGACUGGGAGUCCUACAAGGCCUCUCCCAUUGACCUGCAGGAUCCCAAGCAAAAGCAAUUCUUCGAGGACUGCCUUGCGUGGGAGGGUCAGCUCGAGGAUGGCAAGAAGCUCAACGACUCGGCUGCCAAGUGA